AUGACUCUUAUCAGGGCCAACUUCCCUCCCUAUGGCAAGGAUUUUCCCGGUGGGAUAGCAACAGGAAGAUUUACUAACGGAAAACUAGUCACUGACUUCCUAUCAAGUUUUGUUGGACUUCCAGAUGAGGUGCCGGCAAAUUUGGACCCACAGUUUACUGGAGAAAAACUGCUUACGGGCGCUAGUUUUGGUUCAGCUGGGGCAGGAAUCGAUAACAGUACAUCAGUGCCUCCUGGUACCAUAACACUUGCACAACAAUACGAGAAUUUUAAGAGUUAUAGAGCAAACCUAACAGAUAUGGUUGGUGAGGAGGAGUCUAGCAAGAUCGUAACAGAAGCCUUAUUUGCAAUUAGCAUGGGAACCAAUGAUUUUUCUGAGAACUAUUAUUCAAAUGCUGUGACAAGAGCGAAAUAUGAUAUGCUGUGCCUCCAUUUGGUUGUUUACCUCAACAAAUUACUAUGCACAACCUGA